CUUUAAAUACAGUGGCGUUUCUGAUGUUGACGUCAAAAAUUACUAAAAUUGUUUGAUCACUUUGUGUUUUUAUCCUCUACCAAGUGUCCUUACAGGCGCCAGGGUAGAAUUUACACACGCUACCGAAUGAUUGACUUUGGUGACUUGAAAACUGCUUCGGCCCUGAAGAAGCUAGAUGAUUAUCUGCUUACCAGAAGUUAUAUAUCAGGGUUUCAGCCUACUCAAGCAGAUGUUUCAACGUUUAUAGCCCUUGAAAAGUCAUCGUUAUCAGAUUUUGGCAAUAUUUCACGCUGGUACAGACAUAUUGAUUCCUUUGGUGCGGAGCGAAAAAAGUUUCCUGCUGCACCGGAAUCCGCUAAUCCUGAACCAGCUAAAUGUACUCAGCCUGCUGCAAGCGACGAGUUUGAUUUAUUCGUCUCUGAUGAUGAUGAAGAGUAUGAAAAACUAAGAAGUGAGCGCCAGGCUGCCUACGAAGCAAAAAAAGCAACUAAAAAUAUUCCUGUUGCGAAGUCUACUGUUAUCUUUGAUGUAAAACCAUGGGGCGACGACACUGAUAUGGCGGAGAUGGAAAAAGCUGUCCGUAGUAUUCAAACUGAUGGGCUGUUAUGGGGUGCAUCCAAACUUAUCCCUUUGGCCUAUGGGAUUAAGAAACUCCAAAUUGCAUGUGUUAUUGAAGAUGAUAAGGUUAGCACUGAUAUGUUAGAAGAAGAAAUAACGAAGUUUGAAGAUUUUGUCCAGUCAGUUGAUAUAGCUGCUUUUAACAAACUCUAGUUCUAUUCUGGUAUAUCAAUAAAAUUUGUUGGAUGUAUC